UCAUUACCAUUUACAUUAUCCAUCAUCAAAAAACAAACACCUUCCAAUUUUAAAAAUUAAAACUUUCCUAAUUCUAUAAUCAAAAGUUAAAAAUUUCCCUUUUUAUUUUGUUUUAAUUACUUGUAAAUUAUGCUCUCACUCGUUUGGUAGCUCCACUGUACAACCCCACCUCACCUCACCUCACCUGAAACCCAGAAAUAAAGUAGAAUCAGUCUUUCAGUCUUCAAUUUCACUUCAUCGAUCACCCCUUUUUCCUCUCACAAAAAUAUCUCACAAAUUGAGUAUAUAUAUUUUUUAAAUUUUAAUUUGAUUUUUUUUUUUUAGUUAAUUUAGAAAUGUUGGGAAUUUAUGGGGCCGCGUUUGGAUCGAAGUAACGCUGGAUUUUUGAUGGGAAAGUGGGUUUUCAGUGAAAUUUAUUCAUGGAGGUUAUGAUUUGUGAAACUCCAUGUUUUGGGUUACGAUUUGUUCAUUGUUUCAGAUUUGCUGUCAUUCUUUUCGAGAUUGUUUUGGUAUUGGGGUUGUUCUCAGUUGCUAAUGCACAAUCCAUCAAUUAUCAUGUACAACAACAAGGGCAAGAAAGAGAGGUUAGAAGUAUUAAUUCACAUUCUUGUAUACAUGAUCAAAUUAUUGCACAGCGGAGGCGGCCUGGUCGCCAGGUUUAUUCUGUUACCCCACAAGUGUACGAGGAACCUAGUUUCACAGAGUCUCUCAGCCGCAAGGGGCGUGCUUUGCUUGGUGUCUCUGAAUCCAUACCACAAUCAGAAGAUGGGAAAUGGCCAAUUAGAAUUUAUUUAAAUUAUGAUGCAGUAGGCCAUUCUCCUGAUAGAGACUGCAGAAAUGUCGGGGACAUUGUGAAGGUCGGGGAACCUCCUAUGACAUCUGUUCCCGGAAAACCUUUUUGUAAUCCUAAUGUUGAUCCACCAGUUUCGGGGGACUGCUGGUAUAAUUGUACUUUGGAUGAUAUAUCUGGAGGGGACAAAAAGCAUCGCCUGCAUGAGGCUCUGGGGCAGACAGCAGACUGGUUCCAAAGAGCCUUAGCCGUUGAGCCUGUUAGAGGAAAAUUGCGACUGAGUGGAUACUCUGCAUGUGGACAAGAUGGAGGCGUGCAGCUACCAAGGGAAUAUGUAGAAGAGGGAAUUGCCGAUGCAGAUUUGGUUCUUUUAGUAACUACAAGGCCAACAACUGGCAACACACUAGCAUGGGCUGUAGCGUGCGAGCGGGAUCAGUGGGGCCGUGCGAUUGCAGGCCAUGUGAAUGUUGCUCCCCGCCAUUUGACUGCAGAAGCUGAAACACUGCUUUCUGCAACUCUCAUUCAUGAGGUUAUGCAUGUUCUUGGUUUUGAUCCACAUGCUUUUGCACAUUUCCGUGAUGAGCGCAAAAGACGGCGAGCUCAGGUUACAAAACAUAACAUGGAUGAAAAGCUGGGGAGAAUGGUAACUCGUGUGGUGCUCCCUCGUGUUAUCAUGCACGCGCGGCAUCAUUAUGGGGCGUUUUCUGAAAACUUUACUGGUUUAGAGCUGGAAGAUGGUGGUGGGCGAGGCACAUCAGGCUCACAUUGGGAGAAGAGACUUUUGAUGAAUGAGAUUAUGACAGGGUCUGUGGACACAAGGUCUGUUGUUUCGACAAUGACUCUGGCUUUAUUGGAGGAUAGUGGAUGGUACAAGGCCAACUAUAGCAUGGCAGAUCGCCUUGACUGGGGACGCAACCAAGGCACUGAAUUUGUUACCUCACCAUGCAAUCAAUGGAAGGGAGCCUAUCAUUGCAACAAUACCCAGUUGUCAGGAUGUACAUAUAACAGGGAGGCGGAAGGGUACUGCCCCAUUGUUAAUUAUCCCUACGACCUUCCUCAGUGGGCCCAGUACUUCUCACAGGCUAAUAAAGGUGGGCAGUCUUCAUUGGCCGAUUAUUGCACAUACUUUGUCGCUUAUUCUGACGGGUCUUGUACAGACACCAACAGUGCUAGAGCACCUGACAGAAUGCUGGGAGAAGUGCGUGGAAGCAACUCCAGGUGCAUGGCCUCGUCGUUAGUUCGAACUGGAUUUGUACGUGGUUCUACGACUCAAGGAAAUGGUUGUUACCAGCACCGAUGUAUAAACAAGACAUUAGAGAUUGCUGUAGAUGGGAUAUGGAAAGCCUGCCCUGCAGCUGGUGGCCACAUUCAGUUCCCAGGGUUCAAUGGUGAACUGGCUUGCCCUGCUUACCAUGAACUUUGCAGCACAUCAUUGAUUUCAGUCUCCGGUCAAUGUCCUAGUUCUUGCAAUUUGAAUGGAGAUUGUGUAAAUGGGAGGUGUCAUUGCUUUUUGGGGUUCCAUGGCCAUGACUGUAAUAAACGCCUCUGUCCUACUAACUGUAGCAUGCAUGGCAAGUGCCUUGAUAAUGGGGUCUGUGAGUGUCAGAAUGGAUAUGCAGGCAUUGACUGUUCCACAGCUGUGUGUGAUGAGCAAUGCAGCCUUCAUGGAGGUGUUUGUGACAAUGGAAUUUGUGAGUUCCGUUGCUCUGAUUAUGCGGGCUACACAUGCCAAAACAGUUCCUCCUUGAUGACAAGUCUCUCAGUCUGCCAACACGUUCUUCAAAAUGAUUUCUCCGGGAAACAUUGUGCUCCUAGUGAACCAAGUAUAUUGCAGCAGCUUGAAGAGGUGGUUGUCAUGCCCAACUAUCACCGCCUCUUCCCAGGUGGUGCACGAAAAUUAUUUAACAUUUUUGGCAGCAGUUAUUGUAAUGAAGCUGCUAAAAGGCUAGCAUGCUGGAUAUCAAUUCAAAAGUGUGACAUGGACGGGGACAACAGGCUACGAGUCUGCCAUUCAGCAUGCGAGUCAUAUAACUUAGCGUGUGGUGCUUCAUUGGACUGCUCAGACCAAACACUUUUCAGCAUCGAGGAGGAAAGUGAAGAUGAAUGUACUGGUGCUAGUGAGAUAAGGUUGUCAUGGUUUAGUCGCUUUAGAGGCGGCAAUCACCAAGUUGAUAGUUCCAUUAAAGAAGCAUCUGUAAAAUAUAGGAAACUGUAAACCCCCCCCCCCCCCAACCCCCUUUAUAUCUAUAUCUCUAUCUUUCUCAGCUUGUAAUUUUUCUAGGCUGUUUAUUGUAGGAGAAAGGCAGGCGCAAUCUGUCGUGCCGUAGGUUUAGGAUUUUAGGUUUCUUCCCAAUCUAAAUGUCGUUUAGGAAGCCAUGAUUUGGGUAGGAAAUUCAGCUAGUACGACUUUCAGAAUGGAAGUCCCAAUUGUAGAGAUAAAAUUUGUAUCAGGAAAACAAAGAAAAUAUCUCAACAAGAUGGCCGAAGGCUGUUUAUGAGAAUGAAAAGCUAUUGAUUUCUGUUCGA